AUGAACCGGCCGUCGCUGCCGUACUUGUUCUGUGCUAUCUUCCUCCUGCUGCAAUUGGGUCAUGCUGCGGAACAUGGCCCGGUCGUAGCCCCACUACACCUAGCGAGCCGCCAGGAGAGUGCCUCCUUGAUUUCCUUCAACGACACAUGGCACGUCUUAGGGCCAUGGCAGGUUGGAACAAGAGAAGCCACGUGGGGUGCCGAUCCACUCGAGUACUACGGCGGCUUCAGAAACCUCCAAUAUGACCCGGAGGCGACAUUUCGAAGCUCAUUGCCUACUAACGGGACCGCGUCAUGGAACGUGACCCAAGCCGUACGGACUUUGAACGAUGCUACAUCAGCCAACGCUUCCUUGAGCGUGGCUUACUCCAACGUUGAUUGGGACUUCCUCAAGGUCGUAUACGGGUGGGCUGCUGUUCAAUACCAGGCCUGGGCCCGUGGCGAACUCAUCGUCGGCGGUAAUGAGAUUCAACAUCUAAUCUUGCAUACGGACGCCAUCCUGGAAUACUGGGUGGAUGACCAGCACUACUUUGGAGGAGACUAUUACAGCUACCGCAACGCACCUCCUGUUCUUCAUCUCAAGCCUGGCUCACACAGAAUCGAUCUUCGCCUAGCUCGCGAUGUCAGGGCUUUUGGAGGCAUUCUGGAGCCUACCAUUGAUGUUGUCGUUGACGUGCAAAAGGCCACAGGGUCUCUGGAACUUGCGAAACCUGGCAUGCUAGUGUCUGAUGUGGUCGACGGAAAGCUUGCUUCGUCGAUUGGAUCGGUAUACUUGAGGAACACUGGGGAAGAGGAUAUCGAGGUCCUGAGCAUUCAGCCCUCAGAUGUGAGCUCGCACGUCUCUUUCGCCGGGUGGACAACGGGCGCUCAGUCAUUGUUACGCGAAGAUACUGAUAUUGCUGACCAGGACGACUCUAACACAUACGAAGACCCGAGCAUGCCCAUCACUAUUGUUUCUGGUCAAACGAGGCCCAUCGUCUUGAAAGCAUCUCUCUCUACCAACAACGCCUCAUCCUUGGAAUACGACAUCACGUACCAGUCCAUUGGUGGAACGCAUCAGAACACCCUACAUGUGUCUCAAAAGCUGAAUCAUAUCGAUCUCUACAGGCCUCACAAGGUCACAUAUCUCCACCCGGGCGGCAUAGCUUCCUAUGCUAUGCUUCGGCCUCCGGCGAAGAACGCAAUAUGCCCAUUGGGACAAUCGAAGCUGCCUUUGUUGCUGCAACUGCACGGAGCUGGUCUUGAAGCGGAAAAUGCCCAGGUUACUGGAGCUCUGGAUCCCGUUUCUGAUCUCUGCGCAUGGGUCCUGUUCCCAACAGGUGUCACGCCGUGGUCCGGCGAUGACUGGCAUAAUUGGGGCUUCGCCGACGUUGAAGCCGCAAUAGCUGCGAUUCCAACCUGGAUCGCGGACAAUCACUGGACCGGGUACGGUAUCGACACAGACCGCUGGAUAGUCUCGGGGCACUCCAACGGUGGGCAGGGUACUUGGUAUGCCCUGACUCACCGACCAGAUAAAGUACUCGCUGCAGCACCAGUUUCGGGCUACGCCAGUAUUCAGGUGUACGUGCCAUACCAUCUGUGGCAGCCUGCAGAUCCAGGACGUACAGCGGUCAUCAGUGCCUCACUAAACAAUUAUCGACAUGAAAUGCUCAUGCCUAACGCGCAUGGAAUUCCUGUUCAACAGCAGCACGGUGAGAUCGAUGACAACGUUCCAGCUUACAAUGGCCGCCUACUUGCGGAGCAGCUGUAUCGCACAGGAGUCAGUUCGGGAGUUACAGGAGCCAAAGCUAGUUACAACGAAGUAGCGGGGGCAAACCACUGGUUCGACGGGGUCAUGACAACACCAGCCUUGGUAGACUUCUACUACACACAAGCUAUGAACAGAGAUGUUUUGCCCCGGAAAAUGGAGCAUUUUCUUAUCAUGGUCGGGGACCCUGGAGACAUGGGGAGUAAGAACGGGAUUCAAGUCAAAAAGCUAGAAGACCCAGGACGCUACGGCAAGGUUGGUGUUCGGGGACACAUAAUCAAGACCUCCAAUGUAAAAGAGCUUGAGUUCAAUACUGCCCUCUGGGGCGAGUCUGUGACUCUCGAUGGGCACGAAUUGAGCCUGGCAGAGGCAGCAGCAACUACGGACUCUUUCAUCCGUGUUUUCAAGACGGACGAAGGCUGGAACAUCGGCUCACGUACUGCAGAUUCCGCGCAGCCUGAAAGAAGUGGUCGACAACUGGGCUCCAUGACUGCUAUUCUUCGCACCCGUGGGUCGUUCACUAUCAGGCACCCAGGCUCUGCCAAUUCGUCGUACAUUGCACUGCAGACUUCACGCAAUCUACACCAGUACUUCCAAGCAGACGCCAACAUCGUCUCUUCCACCGCAGACUCUGCAAUUUCCAAAUACACCAACAACGUUAUCACUCUAGCUGUUGGCGCCAGUCUCAAAGAAAGUGAAAGCAACUUCCCGAUUCAGUUUGGCGACUCUGGAAUUACCAUCCGCGACUAUCGUGGGCAAGACCAGACAUACGGAGAUGAAGCUAGAGGUGCAGCGUUCUUGCGACCACUACCUGACGAGCGUCUCGAGCUCGUAUUGUGGGGUGCUGAUGACGAGGGGUUGCGACAGGCAUCCCGUAUCGUUCCUCUGCUGACAGGCGUCGGCCAACCCGAUUUCGUCGUCUUUGGUGAGAGCGCAAAAUGGAAAGGUAUUGAGGGUGUCUUAGCGAUGGGUUUCUUUGACUCUCACUGGAAGGUCACUCCCAGCAGUGUCAUAGAAAGUGGGUAA